AUGUUCAGACGAGCAGCAAACACGUUCGGGCCGCAUGUUCGGUGUCUGCAUGCUCAUGCUGCAGGGGCAGCUCGUGCAGCAACGCGAGGGAACAGAAGGGCAGUAACUGCCGCAUCUAUCCUUCUGGGCGGGUCCGCUCUGUGGUAUACUGACCGUCAGUAUGUGCAUAGCGAUGCCAUACAAAUCGUCGAGGCGGGGGAUCGCCUCAAACCAAAGCCAACGCCGCUGGACAAGCCGAAGGAUCCAGAUGCUCUCUACUCUCUAGUUUGGGGUUCUAACAGCCAAGGUACUAUUUCUCCGGAUAAACCCUCGGACGAUCCCCUACGUACUCCAGCAGUCGUUCAAUGGCUGAACGGAGUCGCACUACGAGACCUCCAACUGCACCAAACACAUGCGGCUUGCAUUGAUGCCCGAGGGGACGUCUACCAAUGGGGGGAAGGCUUCUUUGGUAAAGACGGUGGAUCGCAUGCACCCAAGCUGACUCUCCGGGAGAAGAACAUCGUGCAGCUACAGCUCACAGAUCAUAAACUUUACGCACUGUCGGCUUCCGGGAAAGUUUACGUCCUCGCUACAGAUAUCACCAAGCAAGAACUUCCUACGGGUGCGCCGACGCCAUCCAGCGACGGGUGGUGGGGUACCGGCUGGUUCUGGGGUGAAGACGAGACCGUUGACUUUGCUGAAGUUCACCCUUCUGAGAAGCUUGCGCGUCGUGAAUCUUUUGUAUCCAUUGCGGCAGGGAAAAACCAUCUCCUUGCUCUCACCUCCAAAGGCCGUGUUUUUGCACACCCGAUCAACAAAUUAGCCAACUACUAUGGUCAACUUGGAUUCAGAAAAUUCAGCAUACCUGAUCCAGCUACCCCCAGCCAUAUCAAUCACCACCGUGAUGCUCACCUGCAUGUGGAGCUCAUUCCCAAAUCCCUGGCUGACCCGUUCAUAGAUUCUUCUCGAGCGCCUCGAGCAGCGCCUACUGCGUUCACUUCGGAUAAUCUUACGGCCGUCGAUGACAAGAAUAUCAGGUUCUGCACCCACCUGUUCGAGAUUCCUGUUCUCCGUGGCGUGGAAGCAGCCCAGAUAGCAGCUGGAUCAAAAUCAAGCUUUGUGCGAACACCUACAGGCAGAGUGUUGGCUUGGGGUGCCAACGAGCAUGGGCAACUCGGGUUGGGAACUGAGGUGGUCCUCGAUACCAUUACUGUUCCCACAGAAGUUGUCCUCUGGCGCCUAACACCCAACACGACCCGAAGCACAUGUCUCAGCGUGACAGCAGGUGGUGACCUCACAGCAUAUACUGUUGAACGCGACGCCGGCACCGGACCCGCCUUAACAGAUGUGCUAAUGAGUGGCAAUGGUCAAUAUGGCGGCCUGGGCAAUAGCACAUAUUCGAAUUCUCAAGGUGCACCCGUCCGAGUGAAAGCCGUCAGCGGCCUCACGCAAUAUAACGACCGUACUCGCGCCCUCGAACCUAUCCAACCAGAGGAAUUAUCAAUUUCUCCCACCGGCCAUGUCCUCCUUGCCUUGAACUCCGCGGAGAAUACGGGCGUUGGAGGACGCGAUGUCAUGGUUUGGGGCAAGAACUAUGAGUCUGAGCUCGGUAAUGGGAAGAAGGGGAGCCUUCCCACCCCGGCCACGCUCGAGGGUCCGGACGGGCAGAGGCUCAUGCUCAUGAGGAAGAAGGCCAAGGAAGUCAAGGACCUGAGCGGCAGGACAUGGAAACGUGGUGUGAACGUUGAACAGCGCGUGGUGGCUGGCUAUGAAAAUAGCGUUGUAUACUGGAAAAUAGCUGACUAG